CAGGUAAGAAGGGGCGGCUCUUCCUGGGUUUGGGGGUGCUUUCUCUGCUUUACUCGUGGCCUUUGAUAUUCAAUCCUCCUCUAGCAGCGUAGGCUGCAUGAGGGGGGUCCGGGCUCCCGCAGUCCUGCUCGGCGGAGGGGCUGCUCUGCUCCUGUCACUUCUUUGGAUGCCGGCGCUGCUGUCUGUGGCCUCCCGCCUUUUGUUGCUACCCCGAGCCCUGCUGUCAAUGGCUUCAGGAAGCCCCCCGCUCCAGCCCUCGCCAGCCUCUGACUCCGGCUAUGUUCCCGGCUCGAUCUCGGCAGCCUUUGUCACCUGCCCCAAUGAGAAGGUCGCCAAGGAGAUCGCCAGCUUUGGAAACCUGUCUCUGGGCUGGCAAGUGCAAAAAUCCCGGUCCUGGGGCGCCCUUAACGGCGCUGCCUUCACUUUCAGGGCAGUGGUGGAGAAGCGCCUGGCAGCCUGCGUCAACCUCAUCCCUCAGAUUACAUCCAUCUAUGAGUGGAAAGGAAAAAUUGAGGAGGACAGUGAGGUGCUGAUGAUGAUUAAAACCCAAAGUUCCUUGAUUCCAGCUUUGACAGACUUUGUUCGCUCUGUGCACCCUUAUGAAGUGGCUGAGGUGAUUGCAUUGCCUGUGGAGCAGGGAAACUCCCCCUACCUGCAUUGGGUGCGCCAGGUUACAGAAUCCGUUUCUGACUCCCACACAGUCCUACCAUGAUAAGCCCUGUUCCGAUGACUGGGACCCUAAUAAAUCCUAUGUUUGGUUCU